AUGGUUCUAUUUGAGAUCAUGGGAGGUGGUGGUUUACUGCGAAAUCAUACCGGAAAAUGGUUAUCUGGUUUUAUGUUCAAAGAGGUGGGUGGCAGUUCCUUUGGUGCACAAGCAAAGGCUCUUCAUGUGGGCCUUAGAUUGGCAUGGGAUCACGGGUAUAGGAAGCUAGUUUGCAAUUCUCAUAACAAAGAACUGGUCAGGACAUUGUCUGCCUCGGGUAGCGUCCAAGAUCAGGUUCAUGAUGGCACGGUGAGGGAGAUUCGUGAGGCCGUAAAUGGUGAUUGGAGAGUGGACCUGUCGUGGUGUAGACGUGAGGGGUUAGUAGCAGCAGAUUGGUUAGCUCAGACCGGUGCCAUGCUUCUGGGUUCAAUUUUUAGAUUACUUGAGUUUCCACCGCCAGAGUUGGAAGUCCUCCUGUUGAGGGACUCCCUCUGGGUUGGGUAG